AUGGGAACUCGCAAUGGUAAAACCCCAAUCGUUUUCCUUCACGGUUUGUUUGGUAACGCCAAAAACUGGACCUCUUCCGCCAAUUCAAUCAUUCACCACGAUCCGCGGACCAUCCACUGCUUGGACCUCCGUAAUCAUGGGGGCUCUCCCCAUGCCUUACCGCACGAUUACCACUCCUUAGCCAUGGAUGUCAUCACCUACCUCGAGAACCACGCUCCGCAAAAUCAAUUCAUCCUCGCUGGACAUUCCAUGGGCGCCAAAACCGCCAUGCUAGUUGCAUUGCUCAGACCCGAUUUGGUCCAUAAGCUCAUUGUGAUUGAUAACAGCCCGGUCAAUCAGCCAUUGCCUGCUGAGUUCGCCCAAUACUUGGAGGGAAUGGUGCAAGUAGAACAAAUGCAAAAAUCACUAACCAAAAACCUCAGCACCAAAGACCAGCUAAAACAAAUCGAUGCCGUCUUGAAAGAUUACGUUCCUGAUAAACUUACCCGGGUAUUCCUUGCAUCUAAUCUCAAACAGUCCCUGCUUCCUCCCCAUCAUCACAGUCAGCACCACGCCCUUUCUAAAAUGGCAAAACCACCGUUACGCUUCCAAAUCCCCGUGAUCCCUCUACAACAACACAGUCUACUCGAAAACAUGGGCAACUGGCCCCAAUUGCACGCCAAAUCAAAAGCUGCAACUCUCGUCCUUCGAGGAUUGCACUCGGGCUUUGUCACCGACCAGCACAUCCAAAACGACUUCCCGCGCUACUUCUCCCACUUCCAGGUACGCGACUUUGACUGUGGCCACUGGCUAGUCAGCGAACGCAAGGACCAGUUUGUUCAGGAGGUGUUACUGUUCAUUCAGUGA